AUGGCGUAUCGAGAGGUGUCGGAUUGGCCAGAUCUUGUUCUCUCAGGCAAAGAGUGCAGCCAAUUGACAAAAGCCACCAUCGCAGACACCUUCACUGAUGGCACCCCUCUGCAAGACACUGUAGACUUGCUGCUGGCGAAUCCAUGGGUGAUCGAGAAGAUUCCCUACAUCAACGUCGUUGAUGACGGGGAUCGGCACAUCAGCAUGGACAACAGAAGGCUCUAUGCUUUUCGCAUGGCCUUUGACGACGACAACUACGAGGUGCCAAUCAAAAGAUUCGCAAGCAAAGAAGACUACGGAGCAGCUGACUUUCAUCGCAAAGCCACAUCCGUUUGUGGUGGGCAUUCAGUGGAACUGCGGCAUCAUCACACAGUUGCGCCUCAUACAGAGACCUUGAAUCCACCACGCACUGCCAAACGAUUCUUGCUGCAGAAAUGGAAGGAGUUUCGCAGUUCCGUUGGGGCUGUCCUGUCUUUGCAAGAUGAACGGCAGGCAGGGGCCAAGAAUAUGCGGGUUGUGGAAGAUGGGAUCAAGCACUAUCAGCGGAUCUUGUCCACAUUCCACUGCGAAGCAGUCGACCUGAAAGAUGUUCGAGCCAAGGAUGCGGUACGAAGCAGUUUUCAGCGGUGGCAAGCUGAAUCCAACUACUCAACAGUUGACAUUAGCUUUGACAAUGAGUGGUCAGAAUCAGGAGAGCUGCCGUUGCACCUGGGUGGCGAUGCCGAAGAAGUCGCUGAAGUGAAAGGUUUGGUGAUGGAUUUGGUGAAUGCCGUAGCCCGCUGCUGGGAAGCUCUACCCCUACCGCCUCACAUGGGAGGCUACUUCUCCAGAACGCUCUCUGGCAAGCUGCCCGGAAAGUUUGCAGUUAAGGAUGACAUCUUGCACAUCAGGGGAAAUGCAGCGGAGCGGGAAAAGAUGAAGAAAGCAUUGGAAGAUUUGCUGCCAACCGUUCUUUCCAAGCAGUUGCAGGUUGACGAUGGGCGCCUUCGUUGUAUGAUCAUUGGAAAAGAAGGAGUCAACAUCAAGCGACUCCGCCAGAACACCUCUGUUGAUGUCCACGUCGGAAAAGAUCCGGAUACGACCGUGAGGAUUGCUGGACCCACUGCUGAUGUGGAGCUUGUCUACUCCAGGCUGAAGGCUUUCAUACAGGAGCAUCGACAAAUCACCAAGGAGCUGCGACUUCUUCCCCACGCAGGGCGUUUCAUGUGGCGCCGGCUGAAGGCCAUUGGCUGCGAGGCCGAGGCAUUCUUGAGGAUCCCUCGCGAGGCAGAGAACCUCGUUGAAAUUCGUGGAAAUCAACGACAAGUUGACCAUGCCGAAGAGCUUCUCCAAGAAGCUCUUUACCUCGACUUUUCCUUGAUCAAGUUACGGAUCAGCAAGCGCCUGAAGAGUGACGUGCUUCUGGGUAAGAACGGUGUGCACAUCAAAGACAUCAAGGGCGAGCGAGAUGUGGAGAUUCAGUUUGAGGACUCCACAGAGCAGAGCUCCAUGCAAGACUGUGUCGUUUCUGGCCAGCCAGACGAUUGCAAAAGCGUCCUCGAUGAGAUGUUGAGGAGACUUGGCGGAUACGAAGUUGUGUCUAUGCCUGUCGAUUCAAGAAAGGCGGGGCUGAUUAUUGGAAAAGGCAGCGCUGGACAAACGUCCUGUUUUCCGAUGUUUGAAUAA